AAUAUAACCUAUCACUAAAAUUGAUCACGUAUCAUGUUCAAUCAACUCGGCACCGCGAGCAACAACCCCAACAAGGACCUAGAAGUAACCUCGCCGCCUGAUGAUACCGUCUCAUCGCUGGAGUUUUCGCCGCCGUCUGUACCACAAACAUUCCUUAUCGCCGGUAGCUGGGACUGCAAGGUGCGAUGCUGGGAGGUUGAGGUCUCGGGCAAGACAGUUCCGAAAGCAGCACAAGGCAUGGAUGGGCCAAUACUAGAUGUAGCUUGGCAUGAUGAUGGCACUAAAGUGUUUAUGGCUUCAACUGAUAAAAGUGUGAAAUGUUGGGACCUUGCAGCCAAUCAAACAAUGCAGGUAGCAGCCCAUGAUGCCCCUGUAAAGACUUGCCACUGGGUCAAGGCACCUAACUACACAUGCCUCAUGACAGCAUCCUGGGAUAAAACACUUAAGUUCUGGGAUGCUCGCAGUUCUGCACCAAUGAUGACGAUGAAUUUAUCAGAACGAUGCUAUUGUGCAGAUGUUGAUUACCCAAUGGCUGUGGUUGGCACGGCGGAUCGCGGUAUCUGUCUCUACACGCUGGAAGGCAAGCCGGCCGAGUUCAAGCGAGUGGAGUCUCCGCUAAAGCACCAGCAUCGCUGUAUCGCCAUAUUCCGCGACAAGAAGACCAAACAGCCCACGGGCUUCGCGCUCGGCAGCGUGGAGGGCCGCGUCGCCAUACAGUACGUCAACCCCACCAACCCCAAGGAGAACUUCACCUUCAAGUGCCAUCGCUCCACCGGCACUACGGGAGGAUACCAGGAUAUAUAUGCAGUUAACGACAUAGCAUUCCACCCGGUGCACGGCACGCUAGCGACGGUGGGCUCGGACGGGUCGUUCUCGUUCUGGGACAAGGACGCGCGUACCAAACUCAAGCCCUCCGAGCCCCUCGACCAGCCCCUCACCAAGUGUGCCUUCAACCACAAUGGACAGAUCUUCGCAUACGCUGCUGGAUACGACUGGUCCAAGGGUCAUGAACAUUUCAAUCCAGCUAAGAAAAAUUACAUAUUCCUGCGACCCUGCUAUGAAGACCUCAAGCCGAGAUCAACAACAUGAAAAAUAUUGAUUUGUAUUUUUUUUAUUGUGUUAAAAUAAAUAAACAAAAAU